AUAGGAGAGGCGAGGGAGAGAACAUGACCUGAUUCCCAUUCAAAUCGGAGACAGAGAAGAACUUCAUCGGUUCUCACUUCCUUCUUCCGCUGCAGAAGUCGUCUCCAGUCCUUCAUUCCUCGAGGUUGAACGGACAACGAGCUUUUGGCAAUCAGAGGAGGUCUCACAUUUCGCAGCAGACAAUCAGACUGGAUAUUAUCCUGAACAUCAGGUACAUUUUAUGGGUACUAUGAAGAUGUUGAAGUAUCAAAGACGAGUUGGUGUACUAGAAAGCAUGGCAAAUCCAAAGGUUAGUAUGCCUGAUUCAUCACAGACUAGAACUGUUGAGAAAUUUAUGAAAAGAAACUGGAAUCCAGUUCCAAUACCCCACAAAACCCUUGCUGAUGCCAAAGGGCAAGAUCUUGACUAUGUUAUUGUGGCUCAUAGCCAUCUUGUACACUCAGAUUGGACUAAUUUGUACACAAUGUUAUCUAGUCUGUCACCAUUUAGACUGAAACACAUACUUUUGAAGGUCCAAAAUGAUCACGUACUUUCACUUGAAUUCUUCAAUUGGGUUGAGAUUCACAAACCCAAUAUGUUAACACUUGAUAUAAACUCCAUCGUGCUUCACAUUCUCACCAAGAACAAGAAAUUCAGAUCAGCCGAGUUCAUUUUUCGGAAGAUGUUGGAGUCCAAUUCACUAGAUUUUCCCGAGAAGCUGUUCGAUUCGCUUUUAUACUCGUACCGAAUGUGCGACUCUUCUCCUCGCAUAUUUGACUCCCUAUUCAAGACUUAUGCACAUUUAAGGAAGUGCAGGAAUGCAACCGAUACUUUCUGUUCAAUGAAGCAAUACGGGAUUCUUCCUACAGCUGAAUCUUGUAACGCUUAUAUAAGUUCAUUGAUGAGUUUAAACCGACCCGACAUUGCUUUCAAAUUUUACAAAGAAAUGCGACGUUCCAUGGUUUCGCCGAAUGCUUAUACUUUGAACAUGAUUAUCAACGCAUUAUGUAAACUGGGCAAGCUAGGUGAAGCUGUUGAUUUAUUUGAAAAUAUGGGAUUAACGCGUACUGUUUCUUCAUACAACACUCUCAUUUGUGGACAUUGUAAACAAGGGCUUUUCAGUACUGCUAUGAAGCUCAAAUAUGGAAUGGAGAAGAACGGUUUGAACCCGAGCAAUGUCACUUAUAACACACUCAUCCAUUGGUUAUGCAAGGCCGGAAAAAUGAACGAAGCAAAUAAACUUCUCAGUGAGAUGAAGGCAAUGAAGGCAGUUGGAGUCUCUCCUAAUAUUAUUACAUACAAUACUUUGAUAAAUGGGUAUAGUUUGAUUGGUGAUAAUGAAAAGGGUUGUCAGCUUUUCAUGGAAAUGUCGAGGAGUGGAAUUAAAGCAGAUAUCUUGACAUAUAAUGCUUUGAUCUUGGGGCUUUGUAAGGACGGGAAGACAAGAAAGGCAGCAUAUAUGGUUAGAGAACUCGACGAUAGAAAGUUGACUCCAAAUUCUUCGACCUUUUCUGCUCUCAUAACAGGACAAUGUGUUAGAAAUAACUCGGAGCGUGCUUUUUUAUUAUACAAAAGCAUGAUAAAAAGCGGUUGUCAUCCGAAUGAAUGUACAUUCAAUACUUUGAUAUCUAGCUUCUGUAAGAACGAUGAUUUUGAUGGUGCUUUUCAAGUGUUGAGAGAAAUGCUGGAUAGAUCCAUGGUUCCUGAUCAGCUUAUAUUGUUGGAAAUCCAAACAGGCCUUUCUCGUAAUAGAAAUGAAAAUAUGCUGGUGGAGUUUCGCAAAGAGAUGGAAGUGAGACACAUCAAGUUAACAUAAGUAAUUUUUAUCUUUAGUGGACAACUGGUUUGGUUAUUAAUUAUGGUUAUAUAAUCAGAAAAUAUAACCCUAGUAUGGUGGUGGGACUUGGGGUUGAACUGAGAUGUCCAGUGAGCCUUGGAUAAGUUACGAUCAUUCUGAAAACAUGGGCAUUCAUCUUGGUGUUGGUUCAAAUCAAAGAUUGAGGGAGAUUUCCUUAGAAUCGAAUGAAGAUUCAAUGUCGUGAACUUUCAAGAUAACAUCCAAUAUUCAAAGCACCAACAGAGUGGUAUGAGAUUAUGAAAUCGGUUGUGAACAAAUCUAAAGGUAGAAGCGUUUUCUUUUUUUCUCCAAUAUGUACAAAUGGUUUUUUGGGGAUAAUGAUUUAUAAGACAUGGAGACAGAAGAAUACUGAAGUGUUCUCCAUGGUUUGAAAAAGUGAAGAAGUACAUCAUCAAAACUGGCUUGAGACAAGUCCAUACAUGGAAAGACUCAUAUUGUGGAUGAGGUCAUAAAAGAAGUGGUGGGAUGAUUACAAUUGAUACAUGUCAAUCCACAAAUAUGUGGUAGCUGAACUAAAUUUUCAGUCGUGCUAAGUACCCACUUGCUCUGAAGCUAAAAAAACAUGAAUUUAUAGUACGGAUCAAAAUAGCUUGAAAACUUGAUUAUGCGAAAGACAUUGCUAUGAGGCUUAAUCCGUAAGCAACGGUUAAAUGCAUUGAAAAGUAUAGAUCGUUAUUGAAAGGUUAGUGUACAAACUUCAUUCAGACGUUAACUUCACUCUGAAAAGAAUGGAUAGGGAAGUUACGGUUGACUGGGUUGGCUCAUGUUUUUUUUAGUUCUUUGGACUUGUUGGCAUAGGAUGUUUCUUGUGGUUAUAAGUUUUUUUUUGGUUUAGUUAUAUUAUCAGUUUAAGACAAAUUAUGUGAUAAGGUAUUUAACUUUUA